AUGAACCGUUGUUCUAUUUUGCUGGUGCAAAUGUUGACCAUCCUGGCAGGAGGGUCCUCCGUUGUGUUUGGCUCUCUAGUACUGACAAGUUCUCCGGACACAGCUACAGAUGGUGAGCUGUUCACCAUGACGUGCACCAGCAGCCAGAGCGGGGGUCGGGCCUGGUCAAGGGAUAAGCUGUAUCCUGUCUUAUAUACACAGCAAGGAAACUCAAAAGUAAUUCUGGUUAGUCCUCGCCUUACCAGAGACUUACUCGGACGUGUCACAGCCUCUGGUAGUUCUGAUGGAACACAAAAUAAUGUCACCCUCAAGAUAAAUUCACGCAUCGACAACGGUACUGCGUGGAUGUGUAGAGAUGAAAUACAUGGCGAGACCAGCAACACAUUAACAAUAGUGGCUGUAGUUGCACCGCCCACGACAAUGGUUCUGACAUCAUUGAGAUCAACACAGUCGACGCCGACAGGGAUUUCUGUAUCAGAUGCAGUGGUGAAGAGCCGACUGUCGCCUACUACAACAACAGUUAUACUCGGCUACAUCACCAUACAGGAAGAAACAACACUCUCCAGCUACAUCACCACACAGGAUGAAACUACACUCUCCCGCCAAUUCAACACACAGGAUGAAACAACACUCUCCCGCCAAGUCAACAAACAGGAUGAAACAACACCCUCCAGCUACAUCAGAACACAGGUCACAAAGAGAGCACAUGUGGCAACAGUGGGAAACGUGGACGAGGCCGACAGGUCAUCAGGGGAUGUGGAGUCCCAUGAGAUGUCGCACGACGAGAGGGAAACAACUGUCACCAAGAGGGCAAAUGUGGCAACAGUGGGAAACGUGGACGAGGCCGACAGGUCAUCAGGGGAUGUGGAGUCUCAUGAGAUGUCGCACGACGAGAGGGAAACAACUGACACAUACGCAUCAGUCAACAAACCAAAGAAGACAACCUUUAUUGCAGAUAAUGGAGACAUCUACGCCCUGCCUAACAAGCCGAAGAAAUAGACAACGGAGAAAAUAUGAUAUUUCAGUAUGAAGAUCCGGUUCAGAAUAGGUUUUCAGCAACCCAUGCUUGCCGUAACAGGCGACUAUGCUUGUCGUAAGAGGCGACUAACGGGAUCGGUUGAUCAGGCUCGCUGCUUUGGUUGAUGUCUGUCAUGGUAUCCCAAUUACGUAGAUCGAAACCCGUGAAGAUCCGGGGUAGAAUAUAUCUUCUGGUCCAGACUCGAUUAUUUACAAACCACCGUCGUAAAGUUCGAAAAGGUCCGAGUGCGGUGUUAAACAACAAACAAAGACCCUCCGAUCGGGGAACAUUUCACCCAAAGUGUCCAGACAAGGCCUUGAUAAUUAAAUGUGUAUGUUACCAGCUUUAAUUAACAUGAAGAACUUAAAUCCGGUACUAUGGAAAAAUGAAGGCUCAAUAGGUUAUAUUUAGAUACUGCCAAAAAGGUAUCUAAAACCCAAGGGAAUUAAACAUUUAACAGACACGUGAAGAUUCCGGGUUAGAAUAGGUCUUCAGCAACCCAUGCUUGCCGUAAAAGGUGACUAUGCUUGUCGUAAAAGGCGACUAACGGGA